AUGACGGCACAGGAAAGUGACUCUCGCCACGAUUUGCCAGUCAUCAUAAUCGGUGCUGGAUUUUCAGGCCUGACAUUGGCGCAAGGACUUCAUAAACAUGGCAUCUCGUUUGUCGUAUUUAAACAGGAUCAUCUGUCUUAUCGAUCAGGUGGCCAUCGAUUCCGCAUCGACACAGAUGGCUCCGAGGCCCUCUACGAGACGAUCCCCAACGAGCUUGGGGAUCUCUUCUCCAGGACCUGCCCAAAGUUGAUCAAUCGUUCGCCCACGUUUGCCGAUCCUGAAACUAUGGAGCUGCUUGACUUUCCCAAACGGCCACAAAAGCCUGGAAGAGGACCUUCACCCAUCGAUCGGACGUGGAUACUGCAGCUCCUGACCAUAGGUAUCGAGGAUAGGAUACAUCGAGGAAAGAAGCUAUCCUCAUAUGAGUUAAAUCCUGAUGGAUUACCCGACGGCAAAGACUAUGUCUACUGGUCGCUCACUACGGAAACUUUUGACGAUAAGCUACGCUCGCCUGAGGAGCUUCAGAGAUUUGUCCUCGACAAGACCAAGACAUGGGAUAGCAAGUUUCGCACGCUCUUCGAUUACGCAGAUUGGAACCUCGCAGUGCGAGCACGACUGUACUCCAGCAAGCCAGACAUUGGCGACUUUUCUCGGGGAGAUGGUCGAGUUGUGUUGAUUGGAGACGCAGCUCACCCAAUGACACCUCAGGGAGGCUUGGGUGGUAAUACCGCUGUCAAAGGGGCUGCUGAACUGUGCCGGACAAUAACACAGGAAGGUAUCAGUAGCAAGAGUAUGGCUGGGUUCGAAGAGCGACUUAGAAAACUUGCAAAGGACGCUAUUGACAUGUCGUUCAAGACCGCGAAGUUUAUGGUAGCUGGCAAGGACGUGGAAGAGUAUGUUGAAGUGACAGGUGAUGACAUUCCCUGA